AUGACAAAAGCAGUUGUUGAAAACGAUGUCAACACAGUAAAAAAUUUGAUAAUUAAUCUUAAGGAAGAUUUCAAAAAGACAAUUUUUACAAUUCCCAUUUUAGAUUCACCCGAUGCUGCAACACAUAAACAGACAUCUCUACUUCUCUCAACAACAGGAUUAAGCUUGCUUCAUAUUGCUGCUUUUGAGGAUUCCUUGGAAACAUUUAUUCUUUUAGAAAAUUAUAUCCCAAUUGAUAUUAAAAGUGCAGAUUCUUAUUUACCAAUUCAUUACGCAUGUCUUAAUGGUUCAGUCGAAUGUUUGACGUAUAUUCUUGUUAGAAAUCCAGAACAAGCUAAAAUUAUUUACAAAACGGAAUGGCAAUGCCUCCAGUUAGCAACAGCCGCAAAUUCUCCUGAAGUUCUCCAAAUUUUAUUUGAUUACCACGCAGAUUUGAAAGCUGUUAUGAAUGGAGCCAACGACCCUAUUGGGCGAUCAAUCAAGCAGAAAAAUGUCGAAUGUCUCAAACUUUUAUUGAAACAUUGUCCGAUGUCAUUAAGAAAUACGCAAAACAUGACACUAAUUAUGCUAGCACUUAUUAACAAUAAACCAGAUGCGAUACCUGUACUGAUCGAUGCAGGCGUUGAUCUCUCAUUUAUCUCCUCAGACAACCAAACUGCUCUUUCUCUGGCGUGUUUCCAAGGACAGGUCGAAACUGUGCGACUAAUAUGCCAAAAACUGGAUAAUAUAGAUCUCCCACCUACAAUAAAGUCUAAAGCUGCUGUUCAUUGGCUCUGCGAAUCCAAAAGUCCGGAAAUAGCAAGAAUAAUCCUAGAAAAGGAUAUAGAUGUAAAUAGAGUAGACAAAGACGGACAUCUUGGUCCUUUUUACCUUCUUGAUGUUGCAGAAUCAGAUGUUCUAAUAGAAAUAUUAGAGUUAUUAGUCAACGCCGGGCUGAAAAUAGAUAGUGUGGCUAAUCCAAGCAUGAACACCCUUCUAGGUGACUAUGUUACAGGAAUUAAAAAGCAAUACGAGGUUAUUGACUGGCUUUUAAGUCAAGGAGCAAACAUUGAUGCCCCUCUCAGAGGUAUAUCCAAUGAACAAACCAUUGCAGACUUUAUUCUGGAUUUGAUUUCAAAGGAUAUGAAAGAAUCCUCCUUAGGAUUGAUGAAAAUAGCCCAAAAAUGGAUUCCUGAGAGACUUGGGAAAAUUAGAAUGCAAAAUUAA